AUGAAAAAGGAUACUAAUAGUAACCUUAUCGCCGACGACUAUGCCGAUACCACGUGGAAGACCGGCCAAAGAGACACAGAGCGCGCCCUACACCACCUCUUUGACGAGUGCGUCGAGGCUGGUCCUGAGGCCUGCGUACUGGCCAACUUCACCGGCGCCGACACUACCGGGGACAGCCUGAUGAAGGCACUCGAAACCCUUCUCGAGGAGCAGAUCAAUGACAGAAAUGACACCGCCAACGAGAAAGACGACAUCGUGUCUCUCUUCAAGAUUUCCCUGUUGGCAGAGCUCUACAAGCCGCUGCAAUACCCUCUGGCCGUCGAAAGAGUCCACGCCGCCUUGACGGGCAACUGGACCCGCGCCAUCGCCUCGGCAGCGAACGCACUACCGUCCGAAUGGAACGAAGGCGGCACCUUUGGCGUCUGGGGCAUCUCCUGCGCGGACUCUUCCUUCCGCGUCGAGAACGUGGAUGAUUUGUACUCUAUCUACCGAACCCACUGGGAGGGUAGCUCUUUCGGCGAAGCCAGCGCCAGGCUGCGCAUGCAAUGCUCACGCUGGAGGUUCGAUGCCGCGGAGAAGAUCGACCUCAACGCUUUGAGAAACGUCAGGACCAGCUUUCCGGCUCUCAUCAUCAACGGCCACUGGGAUCCGGUCACCCCCGAGAACACGGCAUGGGAGAUUUCUGCGCGGUUCCGGAACAGCCGGGCUGUUAUUCAUCACGGUGUUGGUCACGGAUAUACCAAUCACCCCUCUAGCUGCGUGGACAACAUCGUCCGUGAAUAUUUCCAGAAUGGCAAGAUGCCCGAGAUCGGGACUACGUGCGAGCCGGAUAUGACUGCAUUUGAAUAUGUCGCUUCCCAAGCAAAGAAGGCAGAGGAGAGUGAAUAG